GGUUCUGUAAACCUUGUAAUAUGGCGCAUGCGCAGUGCGUUUCUAGUCCUUUCUUCACGUGGGUCACAGUAGUGAAGUGGUACAGUUUGAUUGUCUUGUGCUCCUCUGCUGGACGUGCAUUUCAUAAAGAUCAUUUAAAAUGCAGGCUUUCCGGAAAUUUCUUCCCAUGUUCGACCGUGUGUUGGUUGAACGGCUAGCCUCAGAGACUGUGACAAAAGGAGGCAUCAUGAUUCCAGAAAAGGCUCAGGCCAAAGUCCAGCAAGCAACAGUAGUAGCAGUGGGUCCAGGAUCCACCAAUAAGGAUUUCUGUAACUGGCCUGAUGAGUCAUUUGAGGAGAUGGACAGCACUCUGGCUGUUCAACAGUAUAUCCAGCAGAACAUUCGCUCAGAUUGUUCAAACAUAGAGAAAAUUAUGGAGCCUCCAGAGGGACAGGAUGAGGGUGUCUGGAAAUAUGAACAUCUCAGACAGUUCUGCUUGGAGCUCAAUGGCUUGGCCGUUAAACUGCAGAAUGAGUGUCAUCCAGAAACAUGUACCCAGAUGACUGCCACUGAGCAGUGGAUCUUUUUGUGUGCUGCUCACAAGACUCCCAAAGAGUGCCCUGCUAUCGACUACACAAGGCAUACCCUUGACGGAGCUGCAUGUCUCCUCAACAGCAACAAGUAUUUUCCAAGCCGUGUCAGCAUUAAGGAAUCAUCCGUGGCCAAACUGGGCUCUGUUUGCCGUCGUAUCUAUAGGAUCUUUUCUCAUGCUUACUUUCACCAUCGCCAGAUAUUUGACAAGUAUGAGAAUGAGACUUUCUUGUGUCACCGCUUCACUCGGUUUGUGAUGAAGUAUAACCUCAUGUCUAAGGACAACCUCAUUGUGCCCAUCCUGGAAGAGGAAGUCCAAAGUGCCACCGCAGGAGAGAGCGACGCCUAAGCUGAUCUUGUGCAUUUACGCCUGUAAUAUCCAGACUGCGAUGGCUUUGGUCAUUUGACACAUUUGUUACUUUCCACUCACUAAUGCUAUAUAAAAACUUCGUCUUUUAGCUGUAACAAUCGAAAUGUAACAUCAGCAGCUCCUUGUACAUAGCUCACUCCUCUACGAUCCCCAGUGUAAAUCCUGCUUUACUAGUAAGAAUGACUUUUUCCUCUUCCCUCUCGACUAUAAAGGAGUCUGGUGAUAUUCACCCUGUCUCUUCCCUGGUUGUUAAGUUAUUACAUGGGUGGAGGGCUCUCAUAUGGCCCACUUUGUCUUUUUUUUUUUUAAAUAAAUUAAAAUGUAUGGUAUUUUCAUUAUGUCAAUUGUUAAUAAAAGACUUGUACCUAGCACA